UACUUAUAUGUAAUAAACAUCGAAGGGGUGUAAAAUCAAGGCCACAUAGUAAUAUGGAUCGAGUGUGUCUUAGCAUUUUGAAUAUUUCUAAAGGGACAAGCUAAAAAUCGAUCAAGCUAAGUCAAACCCAAGUUGCCUUGAUGCCAUCUUGAUAAGUGAACUGAAUGUGUCAUUAUAGUCUAUAAACUCUAUAAUGAUCGAUGGAUCUACAAAUAUACGUUGUGGUGGAAAGAUUGAAUCGGCUGCAGAACGAGGAAACAACGUCAGAAAUUAGGUUACGCGAGGACUUGGAGGAAGCAACUAAACUACUAUUGACACUCAAAUCAAAGCUAAAUAAAAAUCCAAAGCAGGACGACCAUGAUGCCAUUAGUGAGCUGGUCACAAGGAUUGACCAAGUUUCUUGUGAAAUAGAGGACGCCAUUAAUGAAGAUCAUCGUGCAAUUAUUGGAAUCAUCUGUAAUAAUGGCAUCAAAAUAAGAGGACUAUCAUGUUUGGGUUUAUCAUCAUGCAGUAGCUGGCGCCGCCGGAGAGAACAUGAUCCACAUGCGGCUGGUACCAUCAAGCAGAAAUUCAAACAAUUACGAGAGUACUAUCAAGAGAUCCUUUGUCAUCAUCGCGAUUAUCCUAUACUAUUACAUAAGAAGGAUCAAGAGGUCAACGCACCAGUACUGCUCAAAGAAGCCAUUGGGCUCGAUGAACACUUGGAAAGACAGGUAAUCCAACAGCUUAUUACCAUCAAUAAUGACGACAACAACAACAUGCAAGUUGUUUCGCUGUGUGGAAUUGGCGGAGUGGGGAAGACCACUCUAGCACGACAAGUAUUCAACAGUGAUGCUGAGAUCUCAUUUGAAUUUUUCAACAUAAUCUGGGUCAAUGUAUCUCCCAGUUUUAAUAUUAGAGACAUACUUGUGCAAAUUCUUCGUUAUUUUACAAGAGCAGCAGAUAAAUUUGCCAGCGAAAGGGAAGACACGUUGGCUAAAAUAAUUACAGAUUAUGUUAGCAACGGUGGAAGAUGCUUAAUAAUCUUGGAUGAUGUAUGGUCAACUCAAGUUUUAGAUGAUCUCCUGCAUCGCCUUCGAAUCCUACCCUUUCACCAUAAAGCUCACAGGGUAUUGGUCACAACGCGGAAGAGACAAGUAGCUGAGUAUGGUAUACCCAAGCCAUUCAUCUUCACUGUGCGUGGACUCACUGAAAAUGGCUCAUGGGAGUUGUUCAUGGAUUCAUACCGCAGACACAGUGGAGGAGAUGAGGUGAUUAGAGCAGACAUGGAAGAGGUAAGUAGAAAAAUGGUGAAACGCUGUGGAGGGCACCCAGUAGCCAUCAUCAAGCUGGCUCAAGUUUUGGCAGGCAGAGAGAGCCUGAAUGAAUGGAAUACAGUGCAUCAACACUUAAUGUCAAUUCUCAAUGACAGUGUAUUGCAGCAAAUCUUAACUCCAAGCUUUGAUGACUUGCCAGAUCACCUUAAACUUUGUUUUCUUUACUUGGGACUUUGGCCUGAAGAUUCAGUGAUAGAUGUGGAGAAAUUAUAUCACUUUUGGAUAGUUGAUGGAUUAGUGAAGCUGCAAGACAUGAGAGAAGGAGGAGGAUCGUUAGAUAUUGCAGAACGAUAUCUAACUGAACUCGAAAAAAUGGGUAUGAUUGAAGUGGAAGAAGAGGAUGUUCCAACUGUUACACGGCUCAAAUCUUGCCGCCUUCACAAAAUGAUGCGGCUACUAAGCAUAUCAAAGGGUAAAGAGAUCAACUUCAGCCAAUAUUUGGGUUCGGAUUCCUCCCCCUCCUCCUCCUCAUCAUCAUCAAGAAAGAGAGUACGACGAUUGUCCCUGUGUCUAGAAAGGCAAGAGGAUACGGCCAGCGCCAUUGAUCUGAUCACCAAAAAUAAGCAUCUUCACAGCCUACAUAUCCUUGACCCACACAAACAGCAAGUUAGGAAACCUGUAAAAAUAUUGCCUUUUGAUGUCGAGGAGCUAAAGCUACUAAGACUUCUUGAUUUUGACGGGGUUGACUUUGGAUCAUAUGACGAUAAGUUAUCAGGUGAUGAUCAGAAAAAGAAUUCUGGUUUAGUACUCCAAGGGUUAUCCAAGCUAGUCCAUUUGAAGUAUCUGAGUUUCAAAAGAUGUUUUCUGGACGAAUACUUAUCGUUGCCCAUCACUUCUAACUUGCAAAUACUUGACUUGCGAGUGGAUGAUUUGAUUAACGAGGUGAUUCUGCCAAAUGUUUUGCGGAAUAUGAGAAGAAUGAAACAUCUAUAUCUUCCACGUGUGUUUAAAACACAGGACGGAGAAAAGUUGAGGCUUGAUGGCAUGAAAGAGCUUGAGACCCUUGAAAACUUCAUCACAAAGGUGUGCAAUGUUGCUGAUCUGCAAACAAUGAACAAACUCCAUAGCGUAGCCGUGAAGGUUGACGGUGAUUUCCCUGACCUGCAGUUCAUCAACCAGCAUCUGAAAAAACCUUCAAACGGACAGAUUCAGCUGUCUAUAGAUAUCAGAAAUUUUGAUUGCUUUGUUGAUCAGAGGCAUUCACUUAUCAGGGAAGUACUGGAAUACUCGGGUGUCCGAAUCUUUUCCAUUGAAGGACAUAUCAAUGAGCUUCCCUCCAGAUACAACAUCUCCCAAGGUUUAACAAAGAUAGUCCUGAUUGGCUCUGAACUUGAGAAAGAUCCUAUGCAAAAGCUAUUUAAGCUUCCCAAGUUACGUGUUCUAGUCCUCGAUGAUAAUGCCUUUGAAGGCACGAAUAUGGUCAGUCCUGCUUCGGGUUUUACUCAACUCAGGCAUUUGGAACUCUUGAAUUUGAAGUUUCUGGAGAGUUGGACUAUAGAAAACAAUUCUAUGCCCAAACUUUCUAACAUGAAAAUAGAAAAUUGCAACAAAUUGAAGGUCCCUGACGGCCUCAAAUCCCUCACUGCUCUUAAAGAGUUGGAGAUUGCAAAGAUGCCCACAAAGUUUGUACAUUUGCUCCGCAAGAUGGAUCCAACGCAAGGAGAAGGCGCAUCCUUAGUAAAUUAUGAGAAGAUCACUUUUCCGAUAAGUCAUGAGAUAACCAGAUCAGAAGAUGCAGAUAAAGCCGAAGCAUCCUCAUCUGCUUUGCAAAUAAAUUAACAUCCUGUUUGUUUAACGUUUGGGAACCUAUCACUGCUGAGACGGUGGUAGAGAUUUGAAGUUGUUUCUUGCUGAUUCAUUUUGGUUUUCUGUGUUGAACUUGAGAAUAUCAUGUUCUGUUGCUCUAUUGUUAUACGAACAAUUUGACUCGUUUACUGUCACACCCCCGUUUUUCACCGCAUCCGACCCCGCUAGGGAGUUGGUUUUGGAGAAAAUGGGUUUUUCCAAUUAAAGUGACGUUUUGAAAAGGGAUUACUUUA